AUGUCGCCUCCACCCAUCUAUAGAAACCGUCGGUACAUGGGCGUAGUACACCUCGGCGAUGUUCUUGAUAGUCGCUACCACAUCUUCCGCAAGUUAGGUUCUGGGGGCCAGUCUACCGUCUGGCUGGCUAGAGACAGCAGUAAGCAGGAAAGACGAUAUGUCACUGUCAAAGACUUCGGGGCAGAUGCAGGCAUACACCAGGACAGGGUUGAUCAAUGGUUAAUGCGAGAUCAAUCCCCUCACUCGGGAGCGGAGUUUGUGGAGAGCCCAUCCCGAGGCUCAUUUACAGUUACCGGGCCUAAUGGCAGCCACUCUUGCAAGGUGCUAGAACCCCUUGGCGGUUCACUCAGUACCAUCCUGGAUGAGGCCUAUGAGCGUCGUGGGGAGCUCAACGAGUGUAAACCUUCGCAGUGGAAAGCACAGAAGGGCGAUGGUUGGUUGACUGCACCAGCUAAGACGAUCUGCUGGCAGGUCCUAUCUGGACUGAGCUUCCUACACAGCAGGCAGAUCGCCCAUCGCGAUAUCCGGCCUACAAAUGUAUUUACCGCGUUGCAAUAUGAUAUUUCUUCGUUUCAUGAGAAUGAGAUUCAAAAAUCUGUUUGGCCUACCGAUGACAUGCAAAAGGAGGAGGAGGAUGACGAGAGAAACGAUGAAGAGACGACGACGAUGGAUGAGGUCGAGAGUACCAUCACGGAUGCCCAAGAACGGCUCAGACGAGAACAAGAAGCAGAGGAAGACAGGAAAUGGCUAGAAAAUUUCGAUCGGAGGCGCCAGAAAUAUGCAGAGUUUGAAGCAAUUGUCGAUGACAAAUGGGAGACAUUUGGCCGAGGCGAUCCGUUGGCAUUGCCGCAUUCUGAGGAAUGGAACAUAGCCAAUCUCAUGGGUACGCGCAAUGAUAUCGAAAUGCUCAUACGAGUGGAUGGCAAAGACCCUAAGCCAGGCGAAUUCCAGUACACCGUCAGGAGGACAGCUCUACAAGGGCAACUGGAUCUGAGCAAGCCAUUCAGGGUUAUUCUAGGUGACUUGGACUUCGUCUUGCCCUUUCCCAAGAGUGACAAAUACACAAUUAGUACCAAGCAUGUUUAUCGCCCCCCAGAGGAUCUGCUCGACCUGAAACUCACACACAAGGCUGAUAUCUUCUCAGCGGGCCUCUUGUGCUGGAAGGUCGUGAUGCUGGAUGAGUUGGUUGAGAUGCUGAGCGAGGGUGGCCCUGGAUACAGCCGAUUUCGCCAGCUCCAUGAUCUUGCGCGGCGCCUGGGUCCGGUUCCCUGA